AUGACUACAGCACAUCGCCCCACAUUCGACCCGGCCCAAGGCAAAGAGGCCCUUCGGGGUCCAGCCUACCAUCAACGACUCUUGCCUGCUUAUAUGCACCUCAAAACUCGUCAACCAGGCCAGGGCGGCGAAGCAGAUGGACCACGCGAUCUCCGUGCAGAACUAUUAGCUGCUGAAGCUGCACAUUUCGCAAAGACCAAGGGCGUCACAGAUGAAGCGCGUACCGAACCAGUUCCGAAAACCAAACGUGAUCUCGAGGAUGAUGCGGAAGCCAACCUUGAUGCGGAGGAUAUAGAGGCCAAAAGGCGAAGGAUACUGGAAGAAACAAGAGAUAUAGAUGCCGACUCGAUAGGGUCGGAGUCGGAUAGUAGUGAAGAGGAAAGCGACGACGAAGAAGACGAAGCCGCAGAACUCAUGCGCGAACUUGAAAAGAUCAAACGAGAGCGACAGGAACAAAAAGAGAAAGAGGAACGCGAAAGAGAAGCACAGGAGCAAGAGCAGCGAGAAUACGACAUUGCGCGCGGCAAUCCGCUGUUGAAUCCGCAGGAUUUCAACAUGAAGCGUCGCUGGGAUGAUGACGUUGUCUUCAAGAAUCAAGCGCGCGGUAGUGAAGUCAAGAGAGGUCCGGAAUUUGUCAAUGUCGAAAACCCAGAUAAUGCCUACACAGCAGUCGGAGCAUACAAUCUCAAUGUCGAAGCGACAGCUCUGGUCCGCGCCGCAGAAGAUCUCCUUUCCCUCACGCGCUUCAUGAAGGAAGCAUGGCUCUUUGAGAAACUCAACACCGUCGGCGAAGAUGAGCAUGAUACACGACGAAAUCAGAAGUUGGAGGAAGAUGUGGCUGCUGUCAAGGAGGCGGUUCAGAAGGGGCUUUUAGGGGAUAAUGACGUUAAUGGGGAGAAGAAGUGA